AUGUUCUGGUUGCCAGGAUGUUGGUGCAUGGGAGAUUUUUUUUUCUUUUUGGAUUUGGAUUUGGAUUUGGGCAUCAAAUCAACCCAGAUUGCCAGAGUCUUCCUCCCGCCCAUGUCCAUGUCCCUGUCAGUCCACAAAACGGCCCGCCAGUUGGCAGUUGUCUGCCACUGGCGAAGCCCUGGACGGGAACUGCUGACCACCAUCGGGUGUAGGCCUGCAUGUCAGUACGCAGUUAUCGGUCCGCACAUUUGUUGA